UGCUCUCUCACUGUGUGGAAGCCAGACGAGCCCUUCUUACGACGUCACGUUGUUCCGGAAAAGAUAACCACACGACUUUCGACCCUCUGAUCCUCUUCAGAUUCUUAGUUGCUUCUCACAAUGGUAUUUCUCCGUUCAUUCUCCAGGCUCGCCGGCCCGGUUUCCUCGGCGCUCUCUGCACGUACUGCCCCGAGGGUUACUUCCUGUGGAGCAUCGUUCGUCCGCCAGCCGAUUGCCUUCAGAACGCUAACGGCGACUGCAUCACAACAGGGCAAGGUCCUUCUCGUCCUCUACGAUGGCGGCAUCCACGCCGAGCAAGAACCCCAGCUUCUGGGAACAACGGAGAACGAAUUGGGCAUAAGGAAGUGGAUUGAGGAGCAGGGUCACACGCUCGUGACGACAUCAGACAAGGAGGGCGAGAACUCUAAGUUUGAUCAGGAAUUGGUGGACGCGGAGGUCAUCAUCACCACUCCUUUCCAUCCCGGCUACCUCACCGCAGAGCGCCUGGCCAAGGCAAAGAACCUCAAGAUCGCUGUCACUGCUGGUAUUGGAUCUGACCACAUCGACCUGAAUGCUGCGAACAAGACCAAUGGCGGCAUCACUGUCGCUGAAGUCACGGGGUCAAAUGUUGUAUCUGUAGCCGAACACGUAGUCAUGACCAUUCUCACCCUCGUCCGUAACUUCGUCCCUGCACACGAGCAGAUUGCCGCUGGCGAAUGGGACGUCGCUGCAGUAGCUAAGAACGAGUAUGACCUGGAGGAUAAGGUUGUCGGUACCGUCGCUGUCGGCCGAAUCGGCGAGCGUGUGCUGCGACGUCUGAAGCCUUUUGACUGCAAGGAGCUGCUUUACUUCGACUACCAGCCACUAACUCCUGAGAAGGAGAAGGAGAUUGGCUGCCGAAGGGUCAUGGACUUGGAGGAGAUGUUGGCACAGUGCGAUGUCGUCACCAUCAACUGCCCGCUGCACGAGAAGACACGGGGUCUAUUCAAUAAGGACCUCAUCUCCAAGAUGAAGAAGGGAUCAUGGCUCGUGAACACGGCUCGGGGUGCCAUCGUGGUCAAGGAAGACGUUGCUGAGGCCCUCAAGUCUGGUCAUCUUCGUGGAUAUGGUGGUGAUGUGUGGUUCCCUCAGCCCGCGCCUAAGGAUCACCCACUACGAUAUGCCCAGAACCCAUGGGGUGGAGGCAACGCCAUGGUUCCUCACAUGUCUGGUACCUCGAUUGAUGCCCAGAAGCGAUAUGCUGCUGGUGUUAAGGCUAUCCUCGAUUCGUACUUUUCCGGCCGCGAAGACUACCGGCCCGAGGACCUUAUUGUGCACAAGGGCGACUAUGCCACUAAGGCGUACGGCCAGCGUGACAAAAAAUGAACGAAUGGAGAGUGAAAGAGGGGGCGAAUUUCCUUUUCCUUGGUCGACUCAGACUGGGUCAAUUGUAGGCUGCACAUAAAUCAAUGAAUCCUUGAUACUCCUA